AUGAAAGGCGAGAACAAGAGGAAGCUGAGGGAGAUGUGUCGCCUGAGGAUGGACAUCUUGAGGGAGUUCCUGGUGGAGUGUCUUGGGACAUUUGUCCUGGUACUCUUUGGAUGUGGUUCAGUGGCCCAGGUGGUGCUCAGUAGAGGGGCUCUCGGGGGGGCCUUGACCAUCCACAUAGGCUUUGCCGUGGGAGUCACGAUGGGCAUCUACAUGGCAGCAUCAGUGUCAGGAGGCCACGUGAACCCGGCAGUCACUCUGGCCAUGGUGAUCCUGGGGAAGCUGCCACUGAAGAAGCUCCCUGUGUACAUGGUGGCUCAGUUCCUGGGGGCUUUCAUUGGAGCCUGUGGGGUCUAUGUGUUGUACUAUGAUGCUUUGAUGGACUUCAGCAGUGGGCAACUGUUGGUUACUGGGCCCAAUGCCACGGCAAACAUCUUUUCAACUUAUCCUGCACAACAUCUCUUCCACCUAAAUGGGUUUGUGGAUCAGGUUUUCUCAGCUGGCAUUCUGGUCCUGUGCAUCCUGGUCAUCACUGACAAGUACACCCGUGUGCCAGAAGGCCUGCAGCCUCUGCUCAUCGGCUGGGUCAUCAUGGGCAUCGGAGUGGCCAUGGGACUGAACUGCGGCUAUGCCCUCAAUCCAGCCCGAGACUUCGGCCCACGGGUCUUCACAGCUGUGGCCGGCUGGGGCUCGGAUGUGUUCAGAGCUGAACGCGGCUGGUGGUGGAUCCCUUUGUUCGGGCCCUUGGUUGGUGGAGCAGUCGCAGCCUGCAUUUACUGUCUCUGCAUUAAGUUUCACCGCCCAAAGCCGGAAAUAGAGGAGGAGAACAACAUCCAGGACAAAUAUGGAAUGAUAACCAUGAGUUAA